AUGAGGUUUCUCUCUUGUUCGAUAAUCCAUCUUUUUCUCCUUCUGCAACUACAAACACUUUUCGUUUGGUCUCAGAACAUCAGAAACGGCUCUGUUCCUGUCGGAAAAUCUCUCACCGCCUCAGAGUCCCAACAAUUAUCCAGUUCAUGGCGUUCUCCUUCGGGUGACUUCGCUUUCGGGUUCCGCAAGAUCCAACCAAACGAUGGUUUCACUCUCUCCAUAUGGUUCGACAGGAUUCCCGACAAAACCAUCGUGUGGCACGCACAGGUCAAUACAACCACCGGUCUUGUCCCUGAUGGUUCGAAGGUUACACUAACCGCAGGUCGUGGUUUGGUUCUCACUGACCCUCGCGGUCAACAGCUCUGGAGAUCUUCACUUCCUCUGAGUACUAGUAGUGCCAAUGUUUCUCGAGGGCACAUAACGGACGCCGGAAAUUCGCUCUGUUAA